GGCAGUGACUGAAGAUUCCACGUGAAUGAGAAAAUUCGCAGUUAUGUUCUCUGCACUCUCCUCUCUUUCUCUUUCUAUCUAUUCUCCUCUAUCGUUUCGCCACUCAUCUAACGCGCGCCCCGCCACCUUCUUGCGCUUCAACUUCUGCUUCAGGGCAAUGGCGUCUCAUGUGGUUGGAUAUCCUCGUAUGGGGCCAAAAAGAGAGCUUAAGUUUGCUUUGGAAUCUUUUUGGGAUGGGAAGAGUGGUUCUGAGGACUUGGAGAAGGUUGCAGCUGAUCUCAGGGCAUCCAUUUGGAAGCAGAUGGUUGAUGCUGGUAUAAAAUACAUUCCAAGCAAUACAUUCUCAUACUAUGACCAAGUGUUGGAUGCAACAACUAUGUUAGGUGCAGUUCCCCCAAGAUAUGGUUGGAAAGGCGGUGAGAUUGGGUUUGAUGUCUACUUUUCAAUGGCCAGGGGUAAUUCUGCUGUGCCUGCCAUGGAAAUGACCAAGUGGUUUGACACCAAUUACCACUACAUUGUUCCUGAGUUGGGACCAGAUGUUAAGUUCUCUUAUGCAUCUCACAAGGCUGUAAAUGAAUACAAGGAGGCUAAAUCUCUUGGAGUUGAUACAAUCCCAGUCCUCAUAGGUCCAGUUUCCUACCUGUUGUUGUCUAAACCAGCAAAGGGUGUUGAAAAGACGUUUUCUCUUCUAAACCUGAUUGACAGUGUACUUCCUGUCUACAAGGAAGUUGUUGCUGAAUUGAAGGCGGCUGGUGCCUCUUGGAUUCAGUUUGAUGAGCCUAGCCUUGUCCUGGAUCUUAGUUCUGACCAAUUACAAGCGUUUUCUCAUGCCUACUCACAACUAGAGUCAUCUGUAACUGGUUUAAAUGUUCUCAUUGAGACAUACUUUGCUGAUGUUCCUGCCGAAGCUUUCAAAAUGAUGACUACUCUGAAGGGUGUUACUGCAUUUGGGUUUGAUCUAGUGCGUGGAUCAAAAACCGUUGAUUUAAUCAAGGACAGGUUUCCUUCGGGAAAAUAUCUUUUUGCUGGGGUUGUUGAUGGAAGGAAUAUUUGGGCUAAUGACCUUGCUACAUCUCUCAGUAUCUUGCAAGGUCUUGAAAACAUAGUGGGAAAAGACAAGCUCGUUGUCUCUACCUCCUGCUCGCUGCUCCACACUGCAGUUGAUUUAGUGAACGAAACUAGUAUGGAUGAAGAAAUUAAGUCAUGGCUUGCAUUUGCUGCCCAGAAAUUGAUUGAAGUCAAUGCCUUGGCAAAGGCUUUGAAAGGCCAGAAAGACGAGGCAUUCUUCUCUGCUAAUGCUGCAGCCCAUGCUUCAAGAAAAUCCUCUCCCAGAGUGAUUAAUGAGGAUGUCCAGAAGGCCGCCGCUGCUUUGAGGGGCACUGACCACCGAAGAGCUACAGGUGCGAGCGCAAGGUUGGAAUCUCAAAAAAGAAAGCUGAAUCUUCCUCUUCUUCCAACCACUACCCUUGGAUCUUUCCCCCAAACAUUGGAGAUCAGAAAAAUCCGCAGAGAAUACAAGGCUAACAAAAUCUCUGAGGAAGAAUAUGUCAAGGCCAUUACAGAGGAAAUCAACAAAGUAGUGAAACUUCAGGAAGAGCUAGACAUUGAUGUUUUGGUGCAUGGAGAGCCAGAGCGAAACGAUAUGGUUGAAUACUUUGGUGAGCAGUUGUCCGGCUUUGCUUUUACUGCAAAUGGAUGGGUUCAAUCUUAUGGAUCCCGCUGUGUUAAGCCACCUAUCAUCUAUGGUGAUGUCAGUCGCCCUAAACCCAUGACUGUCUUCUGGUCAUCAGUGGCUCAGAGCAUGACUAAGCGCCCAAUGAAGGGAAUGCUUACUGGCCCUGUUACCAUUUUGAAUUGGUCCUUCGUCAGAGAUGACCAACCUAGGUUUGAAACUUGUUAUCAGAUUGCAUUGGCUAUCAAGGAUGAGGUUGAAGAUCUGGAGAAGGCUGGCAUUGGUGCUAUCCAAAUCGAUGAGGCUGCUUUGAGAGAGGGUUUGCCGCUCAGAAAGUCUGAGCAAGCUUUCUACUUGGACUGGGCUGUGCAUUCGUUCAGGAUAACCAACUGUGGCGUCCAAGACACUACCCAGAUUCACACACACAUGUGCUACUCAAACUUCAAUGACAUCAUCCAUUCAAUCAUAGAUAUGGAUGCUGAUGUGAUCAGCAUCGAGAACUCCAGGUCCGAUCAGAAGCUUCUUUCAGUUUUCCAAGAGGGCGUGAGAUACGGUGCAUGUAUCGGCCCCGGUGUGUAUGACAUCCAUUCACCCAGAAUCCCAUCAACAGAUGAAAUUGCUGAGAAGAUCAAUAAGAUGCUCACGGUCUUUGCUACCAAUAUCCUUUGGGUCAACCCCGACUGUGGCCUCAAGACACGCAAGUACACCGAAGUCAAACCUGCACUUAGCAAUAUGGUUGCAGCGGCUAAGCUCCUUCGCGCACAGCUCACGAGCUACAAGUGAGUGAACAAGUCAGUCACGUUAGAAGCUUAAUACAUGAAACUGAUCAAGCUAGGCUGCGCCCUCCAAGUGAGUUCAUUUUUCUUAUACGUGAGAAUAGCUUAGAAGUUAGAAUGCUUUCUCGAUAACGAAUUAUACUUAAUAUACCUCUGAAAAUUUUUGUUCAGUUCAAUUGUGAUCCUGUUAUGAUGGCACUGAUGGGCUGUUGUAAUCUUCCUUUUCAUAAUAAAUGCCUUGUAAUUUUACUAUGCUC